AGAUGUAAAACUGGAAUUUGGUUGCGCACUUUUGCGUUUAAGCUCUUUUUCUUUAAGAAACAAUAAAUAACUUGUUGGGUUUGUUUGUUGAGUGAUUAAAUUUUUUAAAUCAAUAAAAGUUCGAUUUGAAUUCUUUUUACAGAGGUAGGGAGCCAGUGAGAGGUGCAGCAUGGGUCUGCCGCACAUCACCAAGUUCUGCUGGUGCAUGAGCCUCGAGCUCGGCUCCAAGGUCAUCGGAUAUGUACAUCUGAUGUUCGCAGUGGCGAGCGUGACAUUGGGCGCGGCCACAUCGGGCAGCGCGUGGGGGCAGGUCACCUUGGAGUGGGAGACCGAGGGGGAAACCGUGUACGCGCAGCUGGCCACCGCCUCGCUCGCCGUCGCCUGCUUCGGUCUGGUGCACGUGGGGCUCGCGAUCACGCUCAUAUACGCCGCGCACAAGCGCAAGACGACGGUGGUGCGCCUGUGGGCGUGGUUUAUGUGCGCGCUGUGGAUCGCCGGCUUGAUCUACGUGCUGGUGUCCUCCUUCGCCACGCGCUCGCUCGGCUCCGGCUCCGACAUCUUCCUCGCCUUCCUCGAGGGCGUCGUGUUCUUCGGCACGUUGGCGUACUGCAUCCUGUGCGUGCACAGCUACUACCUGGUGCUGCGCUCCGGCGCCGACAUGCAGGGACCCUCCAAGCUGGACUACUAGCCGCGCCCCGCAACCCCCCGCCGACCCCCCGCCGGUAACACCUUACUUAAUAAAUGUAGGUCGUUCUUCUGUAGUGACUCCUCGCAGCCUUACCGCCUCACAGCAGCCCACACCAGAUGUUGGUAGCGCGGCCACUCCGCGCUCUCCUCGCUCUCCUCGCUCUCCUCGCCUCGUCUGCCAACAUUGAGGAGGCACGACAAGAUGACAUGCAUGAACCCACCCAUAAUACUUAUUGAUGUAAUUCCUGAACUUGGACUCAGUAGAUGAUUGAUGUUGUAAUAAAAUUGCAGAAAUUGCAUUAUUAUGAUAAGAAAAGUAAUUGUAUAUUCAUUUUGUUAAGCUUUGUUUGUUAUGUACUUAACUACAAUGACUUGUUGAUAAGUUACAGAACAAUUCUGUACAUGUCAAUAUCUCUUAUAUGUUAUAUAAUUUUGAAGUUAUGUAGAACAGAAGUAGAAUCUCUGAAGUUGCGGUUACGAUUUUGAUCUGAAUCAACUAAAUUUCUAUUUUAUUUAUACAAAAAUGGAAAUACUUAAAUUAUAUAAUAACAAAAAUUCUAAAGUCUUAUGAAUGUACUUUUGCCAAAUAUUUUGCAUUUAUUGUGCUUUUUUUUUAAAUUUUACUCGACAGCAAAUUUAUUGUGUUUUUGUACGCUUAAUGCGAUGUUGUUUCAAUACAAUACGUUUCAAAUAAGAAUUUUUUAAAUAUAGAAAAAAUAUGACUACUAAUAUUUUUUUUAAAUGUUUAUUUAUAUUUUUUUACUCGGAGAUGCCAAAAAAAUAUGUUUCAAAAGACUUAAACUGUCCGUACGUUUUUUUAGAUUUGACAUCUAUGACGUCACAAGAUGGCGUGUGUUAUGACACAUUUUUAUUUUGAACGCAUUGUAUUCGUUGUUGUAGAUGUUUCUAGAUAAUUAAGUGUUUACGAUAAGGAACUAGAUUUAAGUUUAUUAUUGCUCGACAACUUUUGUAUUCCUGCCUUUUUAAACGCCUAAGUUAUUUUUUCACAACAAUUCCGACUUGUUAUUUUAAGAUGAGAUUCAGUAUUUAUUUAUUAUAUUAUUCUAAAGGUCUAAGCAAAAAAUAAAACUACUACUUUUUUCUAUUUAGAUUUUGGAAAAUGUUUACUUUAUAUACACCCAGUGAAAAUAUUUCGAAUAUCUGUUUAAAUAUUUAUAUUUAUUUGAACAAUAUAACUUUGUUGAAGAUUUUCUUAUUUUAGUGGCAUGAUAUUAAGAAAAGUGUGCCAUAAUUUACCAUACAAAGUUGACAAAACCAUGAAAUAUAUAUUUACAGCUAGAGAGGUGUAUUGUUACAAGAGGCCACGCCACUAUUUACACAAAUGUUUGCAGUUCUCGAUUUAUUCUGAAUGUUGCCAUAUUUUAUAAAUUGUUUAGAAAUGAUUCCAUUAUGUAUAUCUACAAAUAUUAUGAAUAAAUGUUUACAUUGCUUUAGUA